AUGGUUGUAUACUAUAUACGAACUCUGGAAAUUCAAAGAUCCAAACCGCUUUCGAAGAAAGAGGGCGGAACAUCGAGCACGACCAUGAGAGGCGGGUCCAUAGCGAGGUUUUCCCGCGUGCACGACGCUGCUCAGUAUGUGAACGAUCAAUUGCGUGCGCGCAAUUUGGUGGCCGACUCGCAACGGCUGUGUUUUGCGAGCGUCGACGACACGCAGCUUGGAUCGCAGCUGGCUCGCAUCCAAAACGACAAACUCGUGAUAAAUACGAUCCACAAGUUGUUACAAGCGCUUGCAGAUGCGGAGUCGGCGAUCGAAGAAGUGUCGCACGGAGAGUCCCAGACUCCGAUACCAGCCGUAGCAGCAGCAGCAGCGCCUGCUGCUGCUGCUAGUGUGCCUCGUGUUGCACGGCGCGUGUCGAAACCACGGCCGCGACAGACGAUUGCUGCAGCGCGUCGUCAGCAAUUGGCAUUGGAACAGCUGAGGGCCCGUGUCGCAGAUCCCGACCGGGACAGGACCUGGUGGUGUGCAGAAUCGAGUCUCGCAAGACCAGACGAAACGGAGCUUGAUGCGGAUCACGUGACCUCCGCUCCGUCACCGCUACCCCAGGCGGAGUCCCGCCUGCUGCGACGAGUGCUGGAACGCGAGCAUCUGUCAGAACUGGCGCUGCGCAAUUUGGCGACGUUCUUACACGACGCCAAUGGGUUUCUGUAUACACGAUGCGUACACCAAUGCGAGCGCGAGUUGCCGAAACGCAUCGAUCUGGCGUCUGAAGACACGGACGGGAUCGCCGACGUCUCAGAGACCACGGACGCGGUGACGCUGCGGCUCCAGGAACUCGUCAACGACUGGCACGAUAUCGCAGCACUGCUGUGA